GAGAUGCAUGAAAGUAACGUGACUUGGCGAAGACGAUCUCAAAAGCUGUAAGUUUCUUUAGAAAGAAACUCUCUUAGGUGUUCUGUGCUUGAAUGGUUAACCUAAAAAGAGAUUCAAGACUGAGGAGUUUAUUGCUGCCUUUACUCAUGUCGCUAACACUUGAAAUGCUGUUAAGUUAACUGAAAACAUCCGUUACGUAAGGAGAGGCAAUGGGUAGCCGAGUCAUUUUACCGACAGUCUCAUCAAGAUCUGCCCGUCAUCUUGCCAGAUCUUAUCAUGGGUCGACACAGGACAGUUUUAGCUCUGGUUUCGAUGAAUUUAGCGAACCACUUCUUCGCAGAACCAGUUUUGAAGGUUCGGUCCACUAUCAAUCGAUUUAUGAUUCUUCUGAGUUCAACGGUGGCCAGAGAAAUCGCAUCGAAGUCAUGAGAAAACGACUCAAAUCGCAUUUCAUGAAUCCGUACCAAAAGUACAAGCAUCGUGGAAGAAAACCUUGGAAGCUUUUACUACAACUGCUCAAAUUAAUCAUGGUUACUGUCCAGGUGUCCCUCUAUGCCUCAGAGCUUUUCUCUGUUGUUAACUUUUUGAAAGGUAGUGAGGAAGCAUUUAAUUACCUGUUCCUUCUCAACCCCAAUCAGUCAGACUACUCAAUUUACACAAAGGACCAGUUUUACUCUCAAGUCCGUCACACUGUUAGACAGUAUUAUCAAAUCCAAGACAUUGCUGUUGGAACAUUUGGGUAUCUGAAAAAAGAUGGCAAGAUUAAUCCACCAUUGUUGUGCACGCAUCGAUACAUCAAUAGUUCUGUGGACCCAGAAAAAGAGUCUUAUUACUUUACACGAAAGACAGGCUAUUCUUGCCAUCCUUUGUUAAAAACAAAUGCAUCUGAUCAAAACAUCACAUACUUCUUAAAACAAAACAAGCUUCCUGAGUCAUUUGAAGGCAUCAUUAGUAUCUCUCUGUAUGUUGGAUUGCGUUCUCUUCAUGUGCAAGAGCCUCCUAGAAAACCAGUAUGCUACAAGUUCAAUGUCACUAUACUAUUUGAUAAUAGUAACCACGAUGGAAAGGUGCCUGUUACUUUGAUUUCUUAUGGAAGCAAUACAAAUGCCUGCGCUACUAGUAACUCAACUUAUCAAGGAGUUGAAGAUUAUCAAACAUCCAAAACACUGCGCAUAUUUGUGGACAUUUUGCUAAUAAUCUGGUGCAUUCUCUCAGUAACCCUGUGCUUACGUUCAAUCUUCCGCCACUUGCAGCUUGUAAAGGCAACCCGAAGAUUUUUCUCUCGGGAACUUGGAGACCACCUGUCUUGGUAUGACUGUUUAGACCUUAUGAACUUGUGGUUUGUGUUGAUUGCCAUCAGUGACACCUGCGCUAUCUUUGGAUCCGUGAUGAAAUUUCUGAUCGACUUAAACGUUACGCAAGAAGUUUACGAUCUUUGCAGCAUAUUCCUCGGGGUGGCGGUUUUGCUGACCUGGUGUGGAUUGUUGAGAUACCUCGGUCAUUUGAAGAAGUACAAUAUUCUUUUGGUUACUUUAAAAGCAGCUGCACCCAGCGUGCUGCGUUUUUCAGUGUGUGGUUCAUUGUUGUAUUUUGGUUAUCUUUUCUGUGGUUGGAUCGUUCUUGGACCUUAUCAUGAGAAGUUCCGUGACUUGUGGACCGUAUCAGAAUGCAUGUUCUCGUUAAUCAAUGGAGACGACAUGUUCAUGACGUUUGCAGAGAUGAAUCAGAAGAGCUACGCUGCCUGGGUUUUCAGCAAGAUCUACCUGUAUACCUUCAUCUCACUGUUCAUUUACGUGGUCCUCAGUUUGUUCAUUGGUAUCAUCAGCGAUACGUACGAGAGGAUAAAGGAUUGGGGUCACCCCCCUUGCACGAAGCUACAGCGAUUCGUCCACGGUAAUAAUUGCCAGCGGUGUAACGUGGAGCACAGAGACCAAGGAGAGGUGAAUGAAGAGUUAACAGGAGGAGCAUCAGAUUAGAAUGUCACGAUUUCAAACACAUUUAAAAAUAAAUAUAAACAAUUAAAUCUACGAAAUUAUGUACAUGAUAUUUUAAAAAAGCAUGGCUUUUACUCGAAUCUAAUUUGACGUAUCAAUUUCACAAUGAUCCAAAUUAAGGUAUAUUUUUUCUCUAAGGAAUCGUUGUUUAAAAAUCUCUUUCCCAGGUUAUCGAUUUCUGUUCACCCUGGUGUAAAGCAUGAAACAAUGUUAAUUUGUUUGUGCUCCAUUCGAAAAGUUUAAGUUAUCCGUGUCGGAUUCAAUACGAAAAUUUUAUGGUGGCAAAUAGUCCAAAAUACAUUCGAUUUCAGACGUAAAAUCAGCCUCACUGAUCCAACCAUAUUCAAAUUAAUCUAAUAAGUGGAACUGAAACAGAGGGGAAAAUAUUUUUUUACAUUUCGAAUCAAAUUGGUCUUCCUCUUGUCAUAAGUGGGCUGUAAGUUAUCUUAUUUGUUCGUCCGGGUUUUUUUUUUCUUUCUGGUUUUUUUUGUUUUUUUUUUCCUUUUUGCGAUCGUCUGGAUAGAGUUUCUGCAAAUGGUGCUUACUUGAAUUUGCUCCUCUUCAGGGCUGGUCUCUCUUUGUUAAACACUUCUUUUGCUUGAUACUGGAAAGCCUCUUUUUGGGAGUGUUGAUGAAUUUUUUAUUUUCAUGUAAUUCAUUUUUGUUUGCUUCUUUCUUUUUUAUUGGGAGUGGGAGUGGGGGGAGGGGAUGCAAGGCAGGAUUGGUCUCUGUCAAAAUUGUAAAUAUUCAGAGGGAACAAAGAAUUGAAAGAAACUCGUCUUAAUGUCUGAAGAAAACCACACCCUUGAGACUUGUAGAUUAUCUUUUUGACGUUUGCAAGUCAUAACGGUAAAAUAAAGUUUAAAGAAAAAUAAAAAGCCUUUUUUUUUUAAUUA